CUACGCCAGAAUCCAGAUACUCCGGCCAUUCGCCGUCGAGGAGUCAAAUUUUCCGUUCGCAUUGCCCCCAAAUAACGUAAACACCUCUACCCAACUCUAUUUUCAAUCUCCAUUUCUCAUAUUUGUUUUUUCCUCUGAAGUUUAUUGUCUCAAGAGUGUACUAAUUUGUUCCUCAGAUGGCAUCCAAACAUUAGCAAACAUUGUCUUCCAUUUUCCAAUUUCACCUAGUUUUCGUUUCUUUCUUUCUCUGUUACCUUGAGUAUAUGCUAUUUUUAGGUCUUGAAGCAGUGUAUGUUGAUAUGCUACUCUUAAGCGUUGUUGUUUUGCUCCAAUGUUCAGCUGUUUGUUUCCAGAGAAAAAACAGUCCCUGAAGUAGUUUCCUGGAAUGGGAAGAAUUUUGCUUCGCACUUUGUCUACUAUAUCCUCUCAUUUGAAAACCCCCUUGAAAUGAUCUUCUUUUGGCUGGGCGUGGGAAUGAUUUUACAUGGUGACAAAUUGAAGUUACGCAUGCAGAUCUUAUCUUGUCUCACCCUAGAUAAUGGCCACCAAUCCUUUUCUUUUCUUUUUUUUUUUUUUGAGUUUUUUGGUGUCAAAUCUAUAGCUCGUGUGUCUAGUACAGCACAAUCUAAUACAUGGGUUUUUGAGAUGCUAUGAUUUUUCUGCUCCUCCCUCGAUUAUUAACUUGGCAAUUGUUGACUGAAAUGCUGGGCUAGUUGCCAUAUCAGCAUAUCACUGUCCGAAGCCUACCUUUUCAAACUCUUAAAGGGAUUACUUUUGCUUAAGCUCUGUAGUCCAUUUGUCUAAUUUGGGUCCCAUGUUAUUUUUUAAGUCUUGAUUCCAAAACCUUUAUCUUCUAGGCAUUCAUUUCAAAACUUUGUUUUUUUUUCCUUCUUUACAGGUCAUUUUGUCAUCUAUAUCUGCUGUUACGUGAAUCAUUACUUCAAUAUUACUUUCUUAGUCAAAAUUGUAAUCCUCAUUUCUCUAUUCAUGUUAUGGAUCAAAGGUCGAAUAUGAGAGUUUGGCUUCUGAAUUUCCUGGUUUUUCUCUACUUUUUCAGUUUCAAUAGCUUCGAUUUUCGGUCUACGCUUACUGCUUAGUCAGGGCCUGCGACGGACAUUGUCUUGAAUUCUUGUUUUCUUAGAGACUGCAUUGUGCUUAAUCUUCAAAAUUGUGGGGAUUGCCUACUUUUUUCUGCCGUCUUUGUUUAAUCACAUGGAAAAGAACCGAGGAGUUUAGUUACUUCAAUAUUCCCUGGUUAACUGGUAGCUGUCCUUAAUGUGUUGUUUUCUUGCAUCUAUAGCAAUAUCCAGAUAUGCUUGAACAAGAGAUACAUUUCUUUACAUCAACUAUUCUUCUAUCUGUCUGCACUGGAUUCUUGCUAAUUCCUGUUGUAUCAUCACAAAUUCCCUUGGGUUCAAAACUCUCUAUAGCUGAAAAUAACUCGUGGAUCUCUCCCAAUGGUGACUUUGCAAUUGGAUUCUUUAGCCACUCUGAUCAGCCUAACCAGUUUAGUGUUGGUAUUCAUUUCAAUUCUAAGUCGAUUCCCUUGGGGAAACAAAUUGUGGUCUGGGUUGCUGGAGCUGAUGUUACAGUUGGUAACAAGUCUUAUUUUGAGCUUAGUCACAAAGGGGAGUUUGUUUUGUUUGAUUCGUCAACUGGAGUCAGUGCAUGGACCAGCAAAACUUCCAAACUAUCCGUUGCUUCGGCUCUUCUUCACGAUGAUGGGAAUCUUAUCCUACUGAAUAAUGAGGGAUUUAUUGUUUGGCAGAGCUUUGAUACUCCAUCUGACACACUUCUUCCUGGCCAGAAUUUUUCUGUUUAUAAGAUGCUCCGAGCUGCAAGUAAAAAUUCAGUAUCAAGUUACUACAGUCUCUACAUGAAUGCUUCUGGUCAGUUGCAACUGAAGUGGGAAUCUAGUGUCAUUUACUGGACAAGUCACAGUCAUGCCCACACAAAUCUGACAGCUGUUUUCACAUCUGCGGGAGCCUUGCAAAUUUUGAACCAAAAAUUGAACAUUGUUUGGUCUGCCUUCGGAGAAGAUCAUAAUGACUCUGUAAGUUUUCGGUUCCUUAAGCUGGAUGUUGAUGGUAAUCUGAGGUUGUACUCAUGGAUAGAAGCUUCACAAUCAUGGAGACCAGUCUGGCAGGCUAUUGAAAAUCAAUGUGGUGUCUUUGCAACCUGUGGCGAACGUGGAAUCUGUUCCUUCAAUUCAUCAGGCUCACAGAUCUGUGAAUGCCCAUUUGAGUUUGCAUCUGAACAUGUCCAAAGAUGCUUGACUCCAUAUCAGCAGAGUUGUCGAUCUGGUACGAGUAUGCUUACAUAUGAGCACUCCUAUCUUUAUGGGAUUUACCCACCAAAUGAUUUAGUAAUCCUUUCUAGUUUACAGCAAUGUAAAAAUUUGUGCCUGAAAGACCCAACUUGUACUGCUGUAACCUUCAUGAAUGAUGGCACAGCUCAGUGCCGAGUGAAGACAACCCAGUAUGUCUCUGGUUAUUCACACCCUUCUCUUGGUUCAGUAUCUUUUGUGAAGAAGUGUUUGGACCCGUUUGCUGCUGAUCCCAAUUUCAUAAAACCUUCCCAAGCACAAUCUUAUCGUCCAGGUUGGCAUGAAAUUUGCAUUCCUUGCCUAGUUGGAGCAUCAGCUGCCACAUUUGUUGUCUUUGUUGCAAUCCAGUUUGCAAUUGGGUGGUUCUUAUAUCAAAGAAGAACUUUGAUCAAGAAGAAAGCUACAUUGGCCUACACCAGUGAAAACUCAAAAGGUCUUAUUACGUUCUCCUUUACUGAAAUCAAGGAUCUUACCGGAAAUUUCAAGCACCAGAUUGGACCUCGGAUGUAUAGGGGUGUGCUUCCAAACCACCAACCUAUUGCAGUCAAAGACCUGGAAGGAGCUAUAGAAGAAAGGAAGUUCCGAAGUACUGUGUCAAAGAUUGGAAGCAUACAUCACAAAAACCUGGUGAAGCUAGAGGGCUUUUGUUGUGAAUCAGGUAACCGGUUUUUGGUUUACGAAUAUGCCAAGAACGGUUCUAUGGAGAAAUGUAUAGAAGAUGCUGAGUUGGGUUCGAGGCUUACUUGGGAAAGGAGACUAGACAUAUGCUUAAGUGUGGCAAGGGCCAUCUUUUACUUGCAUACAGGUUGUAGGGAGUUUAUAAGCCAUGAAAACUUAAAGUGGGGGAAUGUGGUAUUGGAUAAAAACUUCGAAGCAAAGGUGACCGAGUAUGGACUGGGAAUACUACGUGAAGCGGCAUCAUAUGCUGGUGGUUCAGCAGAGAAAGAUAUAGAAGAUUUUGGGAAAAUGGUGCUGAUAUUGUUAAGUGGGUGUCAAGGCGGUGAAGAUAUUUGCAAGUGGGCUUAUAAGGAAUGGAUGGAAGGGCACCCGGAAAGGGUAGUAGAUAAAAGAAUAAUCAACAGCAAAAUAGAUUUAGAGGAGCUGGAGCGAGCGUUGAGAAUUGCAUUUUGGUGUGUUCAAGCGGAUGAACGUAUGAGACCUUCGAUGGGGGAGGUGGUUAAGGUGUUGGAGGGCACAGUGACUGUUGAUCCACCACCACCGCCUUUUGCUAAACAAAGUUUGACAGAUGAAGAAGAGUCAUCGGAGUCCGGCUCGGGAGCAAAGAGUCCGGCCAAAAUUUGAAGAUUUAGUUUCUGCAAGUAAUUCUGCAUUUUGAUUGUCUGUAUAGUAGGACUAACAGUGGGUGGAGAUCGGUACCAUUUUUUCCUUCCCUGUUGAACAUGAUGCAGAGGAUGUUGUAAGAAAGAACAAAAAUGUUCUCAAAUGGAGUAUCUGCUUGAAAUUUGCAAUUUUUGAACACCUGAGUACUUUAUUCUGUCUUGUGUUGCUGUAUGUUAAUGCAACUUAAGAUUGGAUUCCUGUAAUUCACAAA